GAGGGCGGGCUCGAGGGCUAGAGAGGCCGGAAGUGCAGCGAGCCUGGGGCCGCGCUGGCCGCGCCGGCGGUGGGACGCCUCGAUCCCCCCUCCGGUCUUUUCGUCGCGGCUCGGGGGCGAGGAGGCCCCAGGAGGACCUUGGGAUGGACCAAGAGGCAGUGCGGCAGCCCGCUGGGCCACCCACAAGAAAGAAAUUCCUCAUACCUCUGGACGAGGAUGAGGUCCCUCCUGCGGGGGCCAAGCCCUUAUUCAAAUCCACACGGAGCCUUCCCACCAUGGAGACUUCGCCCCCGCCAGCCCCUCAGACCUAUGCUGAGUAUGCCAUCUCAGGACCUCCAGGAGGGGCUGGCCCCACGGGACCGGAACCCCUGGCAGGAGAGACCCCCAACCAGGCCCCCAAACCGGGGGCAAAAUCCAACAGCAUCAUUGUGAGCCCCCGGCAGAGGGGCAACCCCGUGCUGAAGUUCGUGCGCAAUGUGCCCUGGGAAUUUGGUGACGUGCUUCCCGACUACGUGCUGGGCCAGAGCACCUGUGCCCUCUUCCUCAGCCUCCGCUACCACAACCUCCACCCCGACUACAUCCACCAGCGGCUGCAGACCCUGGGGAAGAGCUUCGCCCUGCGGGUCCUGCUCGUGCAGGUGGACGUGAAAGAUCCUCAGCAGGCUCUCAAGGUGCUGGCGAAGAUGUGCAUCCUGGCCGACUGCACGCUGGUCCUUGCCUGGAGCCCCGAGGAGGCCGGGCGCUACCUGGAGACGUACAAGGCCUACGAGCAGAAGCCGGCGGACCUCCUGAUGGAGAAGCUGGAGCAGGACUUCGUCUCCCGGGUGAUUGAAUGUCUCACCACCGUGAAGUCAGUGAACAAAACGGACAGUCAGACCCUCCUGGCUACUUUUGGGUCUCUGGAACAGCUCAUAGCUGCAUCACGGGAAGAUCUGGCCUUGUGCCCAGGCUUGGGACCCCAGAAGGCCCGGAGGCUGUUUGAUGUCCUCCAUGAGCCCUUCUUGAAAGUGCCCCGAUGACCCCAGCUGCCAAGGAGGCCCUCGGGGUGAGAAUAAAGCAUUUUCCAGCCCGGGC